AUGAUCGAUUUAUAUGAAAAACGUGGCAAGAAGCAAAUCAAAAUUUUGGGACCGCUUGUCAGUAAUAAAGAAACAGCUUCUGGGGAAAAACAAGAAACUAGCCCUAACAGUCAACUCGCUUUACAAAAGACUAGAUUUGCUGUUGAAAUAGGGGAUGAUGUUCAAUUUAUGAGUUAUAAACAAGUGAAGACCCUUUAUAAAGAAGAACUGCUUGAAUAUUUUGAGGAACGAGCUAAAAUUGAGGAAUAA